AUUGGUGGGGAAGAAAUGUUGGGGCAGGGCGGGCAUGUGGCCCUGGCUCUCGUGUCAUUGCUACUGCUGUGGCACAAAGCAGCACCCAUUGAAGUCCCACAAGACCCAAAGAUCCAACAAGACUUGAAGCAACCCCCCACUAUAGUCGUACAGUCAGUGAAGGACUACAUUGUGGACCCUAGAGAUAACAUCAUCAUCGAGUGUGAGGCCAAGGGCAACCCAGGGCCAACGUUCUCAUGGCGAAGGAACGGGAAGUUUUUCAACAUCGCCAAAGAUCCCAGGGUGACGAUGCGAAAACGCUCAGGAACUCUGGAGAUUGGUUUCCGUAGUGGAGGACGACCAGAGGACUAUGAAGGAGAGUACCAGUGUUUUGCCAGCAAUGACUUUGGAGUGGCUCUGUCCAACAAAAUCCUGCUCCGGGUCUCCAAGGCUCCUUUGUGGCCUAAAGAGGUGCUGGAGCCAGUGGUGGUGACUGAAGGCUCCCCGCUGAUUCUACCCUGCAACCCCCCACCAGGCCUGCCUCCUCCGUUCACCUUCUGGAUGAACAGCGCGAUGAAUCCGAUCCCUCAGGAUAAGAGAGUGUCCAUGGGUCUGAACGGGGACCUGUACUUCUCCAACGUUUUGGCCAAAGACGCUCACACUGACUACAGCUGCAACGCUCGCUUCCUCUUCACACACACCAUCCAGCAGAAGAACCCCUUCACCCUCAAAGUUCUGACCACGGAGCCGUAUAAUGACACAUCUUACAAUGCCACUGACCCCUAUGGUGGCUCUCCCCCCAGCCUGAGCAGACAAGUGCUGGGUGACACAAUCAUCUUUCGCUCGGUGCAGAUGGGAAGCAGCGCCGUCUACCAGUGCAACGCCUCCAACCAGCAUGGCUAUCUGCUGGCCAACGCCUUCGUCAGCGUCCUUGAUAUGCCUCCGAGGAUGCUUGGCCCUAAAAACCAGCUAAUUAAAGUCAUCGAGAACAACCGCACCUUCCUGGAUUGUCCUUUCUUUGGUUCCCCCCUACCAGAGUUACGCUGGUUUAAGAAUGGACAGGGCAGUGGGCUGGACGGCGGUCAGUACCGUGUUUACAUCAACGGCACUCUAGAGAUCAAACGGGCCAGAGUAGAAGACGAGGGCACCUACACCUGUGUGGCCAACAGCAUCCUGGGCACAGCAGAAAACCAGGUCCGCCUGGAGGUCAAAGAGCCAACUGGAAUAGUCCGCGCCCCAGAGCACCAGACAGCCAUCAGGGGCUCCACGGCUCGCUUUGACUGUAAGGUGAAGUCAGAUCCCAGCCUACCCAUUACUGUGUCCUGGACAAAGGAUGACAAGCCUCUCUACCUGGGAUGGAGGCUGAGGAAAGACGAGGAGUCGCUGACCAUUCCCAAUGUGAAUGAGGGCGAUGAGGGAACGUACACCUGCACUGUUAAAUCUGAGAUAGACCAGGACUCAGCCUCAGCCCGCCUCACUGUGUUAGAGGAAGCCUCCCUCAACCCCUCAGUCUCUAGUGCCUUGCCUCCAGACCGUCCAGACCCUCCCAUGGAUCUGGACCUAUCUGACCCAGCAGCCCGCAGCGUUCGCCUCACCUGGAUCCCCGGAAACGACCACAGGAGCACAAUCACACAAUUCUUGGUCCAAUUUGAGGAGGACCGCUGGGAGCCAGGCAGGUGGCAGGACCUGUCCACUUACCCCGGAGACCUCAACUCAGUCAUUCUACAGCUCGCCCCAUUCGUCAACUACCAGUUCAGGGUCAUCGCCAUUAACGCAGUGGGUCAGAGUCAGCCCAGUGCCCCCUCGCCACGAUACAAGACCAGUGGAGCUGCCCCAGAUGCCAUUCCCAGAGGUCUACGAGGAUGGGGCUCCAAGAAGGACAAUAUGGAGAUCACCUGGGAGCCUUUGCUUGAUCUAGAAAGAAAUGGCCCAAACCUGCACUACAACGUGUGGUGGAGACGGAAGGAUUUGGGAGAGGAGUGGAGUAAUAUGACCACGGUGGGGUCUAAACAUGUUAUCCACAACACAGAAACCUACGUGCCUUAUGAGAUCAAAAUCCAGGCCAGGAAUGAGUUUGGACCAGGACCUGAGUCCAACGUGGUCAUUGGAUACUCUGGAGAGGACAAGCCCACCGAUGCUCCCACUGACCUGCGGGUGUCAAAGGUUGACAACACCAAGGCUAACAUCCACUGGAAGCCUGUGGACCUAAACUCUGUGCAGGGAGAGUUCAAGGAGUACAGACUGUACUACUGGCGUGAGUCCAGUCUGGUUCCGGGUCUGGUGGUCAGUAAAAAGAAGAAGACCACAGGUUUCUACAGCACCAUGGCCGAGCCGUCUGGCAUUCUCAGUGACCUGGUGCCCUACUCUAAAUACAAGAUGUUCAUGGUUGUGGCCAACAACCGCUUUGAAAGUCCACCCAGCAACACGGUGGAAUUCACCACCAAGGAGGGAGUGCCGGAUGCACCAAGGUUCUUCAGGAUUAACCGGAGAAAUUUUGACACAAUCCACUUGGAAUGGGACAAACCUCUUGAGCCCAAUGGAAUUCUGAUUGGAUACCAGCUCAGGUACCAAACAGUCAAUGGCUCCAGGGUUGGUCGUCUCCAGGUGGAGACUUUCUUUCCUAAUGUGACAGAGUUCACCUUCCGCCUGCCUGACCGAUCUACCCGCUACAAAUUCUACCUGUCAGCGCUCACCCAGGUGGGAGCAGGGGAGGUCUUUGCUGAGGAGUCCCCACACUUCGCCAAUGAAGAAAACUUUACUGACGCUACAGGUCUAGUCGAGCUAACCGAUGCCUCUGUGGGUUCAGCUUUCACUCCUACUGCUCCUCCUCUUGCUCCUCUUCCUCCUACUACCAUCGCUCCUACAACCAUUAGUACCUCAACUUCUACCACCCCUACAACUACAACCUCUACUACUCCUACUACUACUAUUACUACUACUACUCCUUCUACAACCACUACAACUGAGGCGACCACUACCACCACACCUCCUGUGCCGGUCACCACCAAGCGUAGAGAUCAGAACGUGUUUGUGGCCCCUGGGCGGGAGAUCUGGAAUCUGACGGUGGAGCCUAACAGUAACUACGCUAACGUCAGCUGGAGACACAACUUCCCGGCCGGCAGCAGCGAGUUUGUGCUAGAGUUCACACUGGACAGUGACAAGACGGUGAAAGUUGUACCGGUGAAACAACAGCCCCCAAUUACAGUGGCGGAUCUGAUCGCAGGCACCAAGUACCAUCUGAGGGUUUACUCCCAUGAGCUCAACAGCGUCAGCAGCAAAUCUGUCACCUUUAAGACCAAAGCAGCCUACAUAGACCAGGUAGACAUAGCCACUCAAGGCUGGUUCAUUGGCUUGAUGUGUGCCAUCGCCCUCAUCAUACUGAUCCUCCUCAUCGUCUGCUUCAUCAAGAGGAGUCGCGGGGGAAAAUACCCAGGUGGUGGUUGCGUGACUGGUUUCGAAAAAUAUCUAGUCCGUGACAAAAAAGAUCUUCCCUUGGACCCAGUAGAUCAGAAAGACCAGGAGGGAUCCUUUGAUUACCAAAAUGGGUCAUCUGUCCCUGACAGGAACGAAAAUGAGAACAGCAGCGAUGAAGACAACAAGCCUCUGCAGGGCAGCCAGACAUCCCUGGAUGGCAAUGUGAAGGAAAGCGAUGACAGCCUGGUGGACUACGGCGAGGGCGGCGAUGGCCAGUUCAACGAGGAUGGCUCUUUCAUCGGCCAGUAUACUGUGAAGAAGGACAAGGACGAGACGGAGGGCAACGAGAGCUCUGAGGCCACCUCGCCUGUAAACGCCAUCUACUCACUGGCAUAGCGCCACAGUAGCACACUGGGGACUCAGUUGCACCCUCUGAUUUGAGGGCCUUACAGCAAACCACAACACCACACACAAACACACACACACACACACACACACGAAUAUAUUAAUAUAUGAAACACAUUACAGUCUGGAAAACUAUGUAGGCUUUCCUCUGCAGAUAAAAUAACAGGGGAACACGGGAGUGGAAUUAGACCACAAGCCUUUGUUUUGUUUCCAGCUCUAAGAAAUUGGCCCCUUGGAGGUGAAGUUUGGACAAAGUGGACUGUGCUCGUUUUCCUCUACGCUCUGCCUGCCCUUUACCCACACAGACUUGAAGUGUGCCUUCAGGGCAGCUUUCAGCACUUGGAGGCAUC